GUCGUUCGUAAUAGCAUGGUGCACGUCCGUCACCUAAUGUGUUCCGUUCACUAUUUUGGCAGCAGUAGUUACUAGCGUGACAUAAAUCGCUGUUUGUAUGUAACUUCGUCUCCUAAACCUCGUAAAAUGUUUUGCGCUAUCUAGUAGUUAGUUAGUUCAGUGCUAAUGUUGCAGAAGUCAUGGAACCGGGUCCGUCCUCUCUCUUGCCUGCCGCCGAGGAUCAGCCUCUGGCUUUGGCUGCCGGGAGCUCUUCUGUCGGGGGUGGAGAGGCGGACUAUGCUCGGGACAUGAAAACACACUUUCGCGUGUGUCGCUUCAUAAUGGAAACAGGAGUGAAGCUGGGCAUGCGGUCUGUGCCUGUGGCUACAGCGUGUGUGCUGUACCACAACGUCUUUAAAAGCGUCAGCUUAAAUGUGUAUGAACCGUACCUGGUGGCCAUGAGCUGUAUGUACCUGGCAGGCAAAGUGGAGGAGCAGCACAUAAGGACCCGUGACAUCAUCAACGUAAGCCACAGGUACUUCAACAGUGGCAGCCCCCCUUUAGAAUGUGACAAGGAAUUCUGGGACCUGAGGGACAGUGUGGUGCAGUGUGAACUUCUCAUCCUCCGACAGCUCAACUUCCAAGUCUCCUUUGAACACCCACACAAGUAUCUGCUGCACUACUUGAUGUCUGUGAAAUCACUGGUGAACCGCCACGCAUGGUCUCGAUGCCCUGUUGCUGAGACCUCCUGGGCGUUGCUUAGGGACUGCUACCAUGGAUCCAUGUGUAUCCGGCACACGCCCCAACACAUCGCUAUAGCGACACUGUAUUUGGCGCUCAACAGCUAUGGAGUGGAACUGCCUGUUGGGGAGAAACAGUGGUGGCAGGUGCUUUGUGAGGGUGCGACCAAAGCGGGCAUCGAUGCUGUGAUCUCUGACCUUCUUCAACUGUACGACAUGGAGGCUAAGUGUAUCUGAGGACACUGCCAGGAGACCUGCACACCCAAGACACCAGUUGUUGAUGCAGCUGCACCUGUGCAGUCGCUAAUGCAUCAUUUCUGUGGGUAACUGUGUGUCCGUGCAUGUGUGUGUGUGUGAGGAAAUUCGCACACGAGACAGAGCUGUGACAAAAAAACACAAACUGCACUACCGAGGCUUAACACCAUGGGGAGACGAUUCUCCAUUUCCCUCUACCUGGUUUCAGAUGUCUCAGUUGUGCAGCAAAACCAAGAUUCUGUAGAAUUGGAUCACUGGCAGUAAAGCACAUUUUUACCUGCACAGACAUUUGGCUGAUUGGUUACUCUUGAUCUUUGUUGUAUUCACUAGUUCUUUGUCAGUCAACAUUAAAAAAAAAAAAAAAUAAUAAUAAUGUUGUUACGAGCAUUAUGUGGAUGCUCCUCUCUGUUUCUCUUAAGUUUAAGACUAUUAUUGGCAUUAACAGGUGCAUAGCUCAUCUUUGCAUUAAAGUAUGGAAGUUAAGGACUGACACCAUCACCAAUAUAAGUCUUAAGAGGUCAUAUUCCUGUACAUAUUUGGCAGCUCAACUAAGGAGAUCUUUACAGAGUAGAUAGGUUUUUGACAAAGAAUCUACGUGGUGCAUAUAUAGUUCAUGCAAAUAUGUAUGCAUUGUUUUCUCCCCCCCAUCAGUUUCCAUUAAAGAACACAAAGCAAAAAGAAAAGAAGGUUGACUUGCUCAUUAUAAUAAAAUGCUAUGUGAGCUCUUUACCAUUUCAAUAAACUCUUCAA